AUGCGGCUGGAAUGCCACGCUUUCGAGCUCGAUGGAGACGAAAGAGGUGUGGGUUGUUCGCCCUCUUUUUCUCCUGCCUUGGUGUUUCCACUGUCUCAAGAAAUCCGGUCGUCAGUGAGCUUUCGGAGCUUCUUCGCAAUGGUCAAACUCAAACAAUGCGUACUUCUGCUCGUCACGGCCGGCCUGGCGUUUGCUUCGGUUGUCGUCGCUACGGAUGCGAAGGAGGAUAGCCUUUCGAACGACCGAACUGCACCCCAUGAAGACGGACGUGCAGGAAAACACGACCAAGUCUCUCACUCGGAGAGCCUCCCACACAACUCCCACGACAGCUUCGAUCCCUCCGCCCCCCACGGAAUCCCACCCCGCGGAUCUGCUCACCACACUGACGACCUCGACCAACAACUCUCCGAAUUCCUCUCCACUCACGGCUACCGUCUUUCUUCUACCACUCAUCCUUCGCUCUGCCUUCUCCCAUCGCCGGGGUGUACCGCCUACACAGUCGAAGAGAAAAAGGAAAUCGCUGCGGACGUUCGAACGAUGUUUGCUGCAAACACUUGUGCUGGUGAAGAGGGGUGUGGAUUGCUCGGAAAAGAAGCGAUCGCGGAUCUGGCGAUGAAGAUGGAUGAAGGUGGGGAGAAGGAUGGGAGGAAACACGAAAAGCGUUCCGAGCAGGGCGACGCCGGGGUUCACGCGGACCUGUUCAGCCAAACCCAGAUCCUCUCCACCGCCAGACGUAUCUCCUCCACCGCGGUGCAGCUCGCCACCUCGAAUCAAGGAUACUGCGAACUUCACGCCCCCACCUGCAAGAACGAUCCUUGUCCGCUCACCACCGCCGGAUGCAUCCCAUUUACAAGGGAGGAAAAGCAGCAGUACGAGGAAGAGCUAUAUGUGAUGCUGGCAAAAGUUUUGUCUACCGGAAGAUGUACCGGCAGCGGAGGAUGUGAAGAGGGUGAGGAGUGCGAGCUGUGGGAUGACCGGGGAGAAAGGACAGAAGGGUGCAGGGUUCCCACGGAUAAAGAGGUCGAGGCCGGGGUGAGGAACGCGAUGGAUGGACGCUUUGGAUCUUCCCCCAACCCUACCCCUGCGAAAGUGAAACGUGACAUCGGCACCACCCACCUGACUUUCGAUAUCUUCUCCCAACACCCGCACAUCCACUCCAACCAACUCGCCAAACCAGCCCAACAGAUCGCCCACAAGCUCGUACCACCCGCUUUUCAUGGAGUGGGAUACUGCAAGUCCGGUUCCACCACAUGUCUUUCCACAGACUGCCAACUCCCUUCCCCAGACUGCCUCCCGUACAGCACCGGUGAGGUGCAACAGAUGGAGGAUAUGGUUCGAGACGUGCUGAUCAGCAACUGGUCUACGGGAAACUGCGAUGCCACCGCCAAGAAGGACAACUGCGAUCGGGAUGGAAGUUGUAAUGUCUGGGCGGGCGGCAAGAGGGAUGCCGAGUGUGAAACCUUGUCGGGAAAAGAGGUGAAGCAUAGGGUCUUUGUGGGUGUGGCUCAGAUUCUGGGUGAAGAUGCGGGUGACGCAGAGGGGGAGUGGAGGGAUGAGAAGGUGGAGAAGGAGGAGGUGGUGUCGGUGAGGCAGAGGCUGUUGGGAAAGAUCCGAUGUUUCCCGGAGAGUGGAUCGGUGUUGUUGGAUGUGGAGUCGAAAGAGUUGGGCGAAGAUCACAAAGAUCUCGUGAAAAGGAUCUUGUCUUUCGACGAACCCAAUCCCGACGAUCACCCUCACCUCGACGACUCGACCCUGCACCGCUCUUCCCCACGCAUCGUCGUCCCCACGUCCUCCCUCUCCUCCCCCGACCUCCCCGCGCCAUCCCGCCACGAACUGCAGUCAUUCAUGUCGCUCUGCUCUCAACUCUCUUCCAACUCCGCCGAGCUCGCACAGAUCGCCACCGCAGCCGGCAUCACCGACCCUCGCGACAUCGAAAGCCUCCGUCUGCGUUUCGCCACCCUAGCCGAGGACAGGGAGCAAGCGACCGAGGUGCUGAAGCAGGCAAAGAUGGCUCAGAUGCUCGGAGAGAGCAAGGUCGAGCGUGGAGGCGAGGAGGGUGGUGAUGUUGAGUCAGACGAGGGGAAGAAGGAGUAG